AAUUCUAGAAUUAAUGUCAAUUAUUUAUCUCUAUUGAGGCCUUAGGGUGCAUCCGUUUACUAUGUAAGAAACAGCCAAGAAAUCAUUUUCUCAUUUCUGCGGCUAAGGAUCACUCACUUGGCCAUGACCUGAAAAAGCUUCUCUCUUUUUCCCUUUCCCUAAAUCUUUCAAUUUGUUCAAUCAUCCACCACGAUAAUGUCAAUGGCCUUAUUCUCAUCUCCACCACUUCACUUCCCUGCUCUUUCCUCUUCUAAACAUCACACAACUCACAAACUUUAUCCUUCUCUCACUUUCAACAAACCCCAUCUCUCUUUCUUGGUUUCUCCGAAAGCCAUUGAUAAUGGUUCUGGUGGUACUACUAGUGGUGGUGUAGCUGUUGAGAAGGAGGACAAAGCUGAGGCUGGUGGUGUGAAAGUUGAGGAGUCAAAUGAGGCCUCUUUGGGAUCCAAUGGGUCAUCGCCGCCGGUGGUGGUGGCUUCCGCCGGAGCUCCGAUGACGGAGGGCGUGAAGAUGUUUCAAGAUUCGAGAUGGGUUGGAGGGACUUGGGAUUUGAAGCAGUUUCAGAAAGAUGGAGUCACCCAUUGGGAUUCUGUUAUUGAUGCUGAGGUUAGGAGAAGGAAAUGGUUGGAAGACAACCCAGAGUCAUCAAGUAAUGAAGAACCUGUGCUUUUUGACACCUCCAUUAUUCCUUGGUGGGCAUGGAUGAAGAGAUUUCAUCUCCCUGAGGCUGAACUUCUCAAUGGUCGUGCUGCCAUGGUUGGUUUCUUUAUGGCCUAUUUCGUGGAUAGCUUGACUGGUGUAGGCCUUGUUGAUCAAAUGGGCAACUUCUUUUGCAAAACACUAUUGUUUGUAGCUGUGGCUGGUGUACUUCUGAUCCGCAAGAAUGAGGAUAUAGAAACACUCAAGAAGUUGGUGGAAGAGUCUACUUUUUAUGACAAGCAGUGGCAAGCGUCUUGGCAAGAUGAGAACUCAAGCAGUUCAAAGGACUCUUGAACACAUUUCUCACUUAAGCUUUGAUUUUCAUAUAUUUUGAAGAUUGCGAUUAGGUGAUGACACAAUGCUAGUCAAAAGAGAGCGUAAAAUCUGUAUUUGUCAUUUUGUUUUGUUCUUAAUGUAUCUUUUUUCCUGUCUUAUUAUGUUUUUUGACCACUGAUUCUUUUUCUUCUCUCUGUAGUAAACAAAGUCUUAGCUGAUCUAUGAUAUUAUUUUGUCAGUUUGCAUCA